AUGAUCCUGGGGACAGUUCUCCUACAGUCCAACAGUUACGGUAAAGAAGAGAGCAGGCUGCUCUGCUGCCUUGGCAAUGAAGCCUCUGAAUCUGGCAUAUCAGACUUCACAGAGGCCCUUCAUCGCCCCUAUGGUUGUGAUGUCGAACCGCAGGCACUGAAUGAAGCCAUCAGGUGGAGCUCCAAGGAAAAUCUGCUUGGAGCCACUGAGAGCGAUCCCAAUCUCUUUGUUGCACUUUACGAUUUUGUAGCAAGUGGUGACAACACACUCAGCAUCACCAAAGGUGAGAAGCUAAGAGUCUUGGGUUAUAACCAGAAUGGUGAAUGGAGCGAGGUACGUUCUAAGAAUGGGCAGGGAUGGGUGCCAAGCAACUACAUCACACCAGUGAACAGCCUGGAAAAGCAUUCUUGGUAUCAUGGACCAGUGUCACGUAGUGCAGCAGAGUAUCUCCUGAGCAGCUUAAUCAAUGGCAGUUUCCUGGUUCGUGAAAGUGAGAGCAGUCCAGGGCAACUAUCCAUCUCACUCAGGUAUGAGGGACGUGUUUACCACUACAGGAUCAAUACCACCACAGAUGGAAAGGUGUAUGUGACAGCAGAAAGUCGCUUCAAUACACUAGCAGAGCUAGUUCACCAUCAUUCAACGGUGGCGGAUGGAUUAGUGACAACCUUGCAUUACCCAGCACCCAAGUGCAAUAAGCCCACUGUUUAUGGAGUGUCUCCCAUCCAUGACAAGUGGGAGAUGGAAAGAACGGAUAUCACCAUGAAGCACAAGCUUGGAGGAGGGCAGUAUGGUGAAGUGUAUGUUGGUGUCUGGAAGAAAUACAGUCUCACGGUUGCUGUGAAAACACUAAAGGAAGAUACCAUGGAAGUGGAAGAGUUCCUGAAAGAAGCUGCUGUGAUGAAGGAAAUCAAGCAUCCAAAUCUGGUGCAGUUAUUAGGUGUAUGUACGCUGGAGCCACCCUUUUACAUUGUAACAGAAUACAUGCCAUAUGGGAACCUGCUGGACUACCUACGGGAAUGCAACCGGGAGGAGGUGAGCGCUGUUGUGCUGCUGUACAUGGCCACCCAGAUCUCGUCUGCCAUGGAAUAUUUGGAAAAGAAGAACUUUAUCCACAGGGACCUAGCAGCUCGGAACUGCUUGGUAGGAGAAAAUCAUGUGGUGAAGGUGGCUGAUUUUGGCUUGAGUCGAUUGAUGACUGGAGAUACCUACACAGCUCAUGCUGGAGCUAAAUUUCCUAUCAAAUGGACAGCUCCUGAGAGCCUGGCUUAUAACACCUUCUCAAUUAAAUCAGAUGUUUGGGCCUUUGGGGUGCUGUUGUGGGAAAUUGCCACUUAUGGGAUGUCACCAUACCCAGGUAUUGACCUCUCACAGGUGUAUGAUCUGCUGGAGAAAGGAUAUAGGAUGGAACAGCCAGAAGGAUGUCCCCCAAAGGUUUAUGAACUGAUGAGAGCAUGCUGGAUGUGGAAUCCCCCAGAACGACCAUCAUUUGCUGAGACCCACCAGGCCUUUGAAACUAUGUUCCAUGACUCCAGCAUAUCAGAAGAGGUGGCAGAAGAGCUUGGAAGAACAGCCUCAUCAUCAUCUAUAGUUCCUUAUUUGCCCCGGUUACCCAUGCUUCCCUCCAAGACUAGAACUUUGAAGAAACAGACAGAGAACAAGGAGAAUAUUGAAGGAACACAGGAAGCUGUGGAGCAUUCGGCUUCCAGCUCAGCACCAGGGUUUAUCAGAAGUGCACAACCAACAAGUGGGUCUCCAGCCCUGCCUCGCAAGCAGAGGGACAAGUCACCCAGCAGCCUCUUGGAAGAUGCCAAAGAGACCACCUUUACGAGGGACAGGAAAGGUGGCUUUUUCAGCUCUUUCAUGAAGAAGAGGAAUGCCCCCACACCUCCAAAGCGCAGCAGUUCCUUCCGCGAGAUGGAAAAUCAGCCCCACAAGAAAUAUGAGCUAACGGGUAAUUUUUCAUCUGUUGCUUCCUUGCAGCAUGUUGAUGGGUUCUCUUUUCCUCCCACCCAGCAAGAUUCAAACCUGGCCCCACCCAAGUGCUAUGGUGGAGGCUUUGCACAGAGGAACUUCUGCAGUGAUGAUGGUGGUACUGGCAGUGGUGGGGGUGCAAGCGCUGGUGGCGGGUGGUCAGGCAUCACAGGUUUCUUUACACCACGCUUGAUUAAAAAAACACUGGGUUUACGAGCAGGGAAACCCACUGGCAAUGAAGAAGCUUCAAAGCCUUUUCCAAGGUCAAACUCUACAUCUUCCAUGUCUUCAGGGCUUCCAGAGCAGGAUAGAAUGGCAAUGACCCUUCCCAGAAAUUCCCAGAGGUCAAAAAUACAACUGGAAAGGACAGUUUCCACGUCCUCUCAGCCAGAUGAGAGCACAGGUAGGUCCAAUGACCUGCUUCCUAAAAGGUUUGAAGAAGGCCCUGCUGUGACCAGAGAGAGACCAAAAGCCAAAUUCUUGCCAAGAGGUGCCACAGCUCUUCCUUUUAGACCCCCUAUGGGGGAGUCAGCUGCCACAGAGAAGGAUGGUCCAGUAGUAACAGCAGCCCCUAAAAACAAAGAAAAAAAUAGUGGUACAAGGCAAGGGACAGUAGAGGAUGGAGAGAGACCAGGAUGGUCCUCUCCAGCAAAGGCUGCAGCAAUACUUCCAACCACUCAUAACCACAAAGUGCCAGUCCUAAUCUCACCCACUCUAAAACAUACUCCAGCAGACGUGCAGCUCAUUGGCACAGACUCUCAGGGUAAUAAAUUUAAGCUCUUAUCUGAGCAUCAGGUUACAUCUUCCGGCGACAGGGACCGGCCCAGACGGGUAAAACCAAAGUGUGCCCCACCUCCUCCACCAGUUAUGAGGCUCCUACAGCAGCCACCCACUGGCUCAGACACUGCAGAAGAGCAGAAUAAUACCACAGGAGCUCAGCAUGGACUGGAAAUGAGCGAAGGUGGUAAAAAGGCAGCGGUGGUACCUGUUGGUGGAAAAACUGGGAGGCCCGUUUUGCCUCCACCUCAAGUGCCUCUGUCAUCGUCUUCCACCUCCCCAGCAAAAAUGGCCAAUGGCACGGCGGGUGCCAAAGUGGCACUAAGAAAGACCAAACAAGCAGCUGAGAAAAUCUCUGCGGACAAAAUUAGCAAGGAGGCACUGCUGGAGUGUGCAGAUCUCCUCUCUAGUGCCAUCACCGAGCCAACGCCAAACAGCCAGCUGGUGGAUACUGGGCACCAGUUGUUGGAUUACUGCUCAGGCUAUGUCGACUGUAUCCCGCAAACGCGCAACAAAUUUGCUUUCCGGGAAGCCGUGAGCAAACUGGAACUCAGCUUGCAGGAACUGCAGGUGUCCUCCACAGCUGCUAGUGUGCCCGGGGCCAACCCGGUCCUUAAUAACUUACUGUCAUGUGUCCAAGAAAUCAGUGAUGUGGUUCAAAGGUAGCUACUGUCAAUCUUAGUAGAAGAAAAUAUACAUGGAGGGGAAACUCUUUUUCUGUACUGAUGAUUUCAGAAGGAAAGACUGAUACUUGAGUGAGUUUGUGAAGUACCUCAGAUUACUGAGUUCUCCUCUCGUUUACAGGUUCAUCUCAAAUAUGGGGAGGGAGGGAGGAAGGCGAUGCUGGAGGGAGGGAGAAGUGGGGUAGAUUGAAGCUGAAGGGGCAGAAUGUUUAAAAAUUGCCUCACCAGAAAAAUCUGAUCUGCUUGUGUCUACAAGGGAGAGCCGUUCCUUACUCUUUCCAAUGAGAGGAAGGAGAAGAGAUGGUGGGUUCUCGUUUCGGUGAGGGUGGUUUCCCUUCCGAUAUCCAGAGUACCUGUGUGGUUGCAGGGCCACUUGGAUGUACAGAUCCUCCCCUUUCUGCACUAAUGCUUGCUUUGGCCUCCUGAGAUCACAAGGGAAAGGCACCGGGACUCUGUGGGCGCUCAUGCUGAGAGUUCUGAAGGGGGAGAUUCCGUGCGAUUGUGGAGGAGGAGGUCUAACGCACUGAUGGUAUUCAGAGCUGCUGGAAGUGGAUGCACUAGCCCAGAUGGCGUACUUCCACAGUGCUGUGGCUGCUGUAAUAAGAACUACAAAAUGAGUUAAUAUAUGAAAUGAAAUGAACCCCUUUCCCUGCCCACGCCAUGACAUCACACAUUCAUAUUUUCAUUAAAUUUGAAGCUGAAGGGGUACUGGGCAGACUUGCCACUGGAUUAUGCCCCUACCCCACCAUACAUCCUUCACUUGGGUUGGUUGGCUACUCCUGCUUCAGGUAGCCUAGCAUGGAUGUUACCUACUGGUCACUUGCCAGUAGUUUGAGAUUCAUGCACAUUUGCCAAUGUCUUCUGUAGAUUGUUGUAACUUUGGUACAAUGUUGGCUCCCUCUCCUCUUUUUGGUCACUUUAAGAUCCAUACUUGGCAAGGCACUGCCUCCUGUCAGUGCAGUUUCUCACUGUUCUCUACAUUCCUUUUUAGUAUUAAAAGUGCCGACACUAAUACAGUCCUCUUAGGAACCAGAAAAUACAACUUUACUGUCCCACUGUCUUCCUUCUGCUGCAGGCUUUGCUAACGGUCAUCUAAGUAUCUGUCCCUUGAUCUCACAUAACAUUAACUGUUGGUGGCUUUUUGGAAGGUGCCCACCUGUUUUGACUUGCAGGACUCUACCUCUUCAGGGCAUCAGGCUGCACAGAUAUGAAAGGAGUGCAAGGUGGUGGUGGUGAUGCUGGAGCAUAGAAAGCAGAUAGCAUUUACUGAUGUAGAGCAUACAUGGAUCUUCCUUUUGCCUCCAGCGGGAAUGUCUAUAUGUUAGUAUAUCAAUAUACUCCUCUGUAUCUGAGGCUUGAAGAAAACCAGCAUGGCUCAGAUAUGUAGCAUCAUUGAGGAUUUUGCGCUCUCUUGCAUAUUGACAAUCCACAGAAUUGGAAUCAGAAUUGGAAACAGUUUUCCUUGCUGUUUGCUGCUGGCAUGUAGGGAAGAGUUGUACUACCUUGCAUGGUUUCAGGAGAGGGAAGCAGUAGGCAUGGUGCGUGUUUCCAAGUACAUGCUCACUAAUGAAUGUUUUUGCUUAUGUUCCAUUCUUUGCUGGAGAGCUGGUGAGGUUGUUUCAAGGUCUGACUUGCUCUGCACCUUAAAUCUUAUAUUUUAGCUAAAAUCUUAAUUUUUUUAAUGUUAUCAAACUGCUUUUAAGUAAAGUCAUUGUUGGUCUGGGGGUGAAGUGUGAAGUUGAGGCCUGGCAGUGGGUCAGUAAGAGUAAAAAUCUCAAGUAAGAGGUUCUUGAGAAUUUGUCCUGUCCUUUUGAACCUUGAGCCAUUUUCGAUUCACUGUCACCCUUACACUACAACUGCCUUAGUGGUAACCCAGAAACUGCCCAAACCACUCUUCCAUUGGGUCAGUAUAACAUUGGCAAGUGGCUCACCCCCAGGCUACCCUACCCUGUUGUCCUACUUUGAGACCUGUGAUUCAAAGGAGGAGUGUCAGCUGUGCUUAGAGGGUUGCUUUAUGAUAAAUCAAGUUUCAUUGCUACAUGUGAGCAAGUGUAGCAGUGGAGUAAUGUGCGUGUAUUUCUGAAUAUAAUGGACCAGUUGAGCUUUGUGGUCUGUGAUAAAUGAAAUUCAAAAAAAGGCCAAGUAGCAUCAGUGAUGGGAAAAUCAAAGUUGGUAGUCAGUUUUGGUCUUUUCAAGCUGGUAGUGUUGAAAUGGGGACAAUGGAAGUGCAGCAUGUUUAGUCUCUGUCUGCCUGGCACUUGGACCACAUGACAGGAUCUGAUGCCUGUUUCUGCAAUAGGUUGGCUGUUCAACUGCUUCCUUCCAAUGCAGACCCCUGUGCUUCAAGCCUUAGCACCAAGUGAGGGCAGUUUAGGGGGUGCUGCCUCAGCAUUCCUUGCACAUGGUAGUUUGUGCUCAGCCAGAGCACAGAGUACCAAGAGCAGGUGUCGGAUUUUGCCACUGUUAUCUCCUGAACCUUUCAACGAUUUUUCUAUUUUGUCUUUUUGGAUGUUUAUACAUGUGCUGCAGGGGGUAAAGGGAUGCACCUUAAAGCCCCCUGAUCGUCACGUGCAUCAGUGUCCCCAUGCUGAAAAAUGGUGGUGGGGGGUGCUUUAGUUAAAACACCCCGCCACCAUUUUUAGCACAGGGACACUGAUGCACGCAGUGCUGGAGUCUGGAGCAUGGCAAUUACCACACUCCAGCAAACUUGAUUAAUCAAAUCUGCCCCGACAUGCUGUAAUUAUAGCACGUCAGAGCAGCCUCAGUGUACCUGUGUAGGCGCCCUUUGUGUCUCUUUCAGUUAUCUUGGUCAUAACUGUGCAUUACCCUAAACAAAUCUGCUGUAAAAAGGAUGACCUGUGAAAGGGUCCCUCUGUAUUGCUUUGUCCUAUCUUUUUCAUCCUUAAAAGUAUAGUUUUUAACUGUAGAAAUUCAGGCUUUUUCUGACCUGGAGAGCUGUCAUUGCAGGAGAUGGACCGAAACAGGGCAAUUUUGAGGGAGAAGGCCCUUAUCACCAAGUUUUGAAAACUACUUUCUUUUUUUCUUGGUAACAUUUUCUAUCAAGUGUGCAGAUGCUGGAGCUUAACAAAUGUCCUUCCAGAUUCCAGCUUGUCUCAAAGUCCUGCGGUAAAAACAGGGAAGGACAGACUCAGACAUUCCAGGCAGUUCUGAUGCGCAACUCCCCUGUCAGUCCAUCCUUAUCCACCAUGAAUAUUUUUUUAAAACAAGUGUUAUUUCUAGCUCCUCCCUCACACCACACGCCCCGUUUCUGCCACACAGGUCAAACUCCAGGGUGGGUGCACAGAGCAAUUCUAAUCCACUCUAGACAGUAGCUCAGGGCCUCAGAUUGCAGUCUUGCUGAUAAAUCCAUGGCCUUUUACAUCCCUAUUGCAUGUGCUGCAAUAGAUCAAGUACGCAAAGAUUGGGGGGUGUGGAGAAGAUGCAGCAAUGGAGUUCAUGGGCUUCUUAAUUUUACACUCAUAUUUUCCUGCAGGUCUUGAUGUCUUAUGCUUCCUUUUUUAAUUAAGGGGGUGGGGAGGGAAGGGGAGCUGGUCCAUUCAACCUGUAUCAUGUGUCUGCAUUUUUGUACUUGCCACUAUUGGAUGAAUCAGUUAAGCUAUUGUUGAUUUUUGAGGCUCCAACUGGUCUGUUUUAUAGACAGGGAAGCUGCUGUGAGGGGUGCAGAAUUGCUGCCACUUAUGUCUACUGUGGUGCAGUGCCAUGCUGUGUAGAGAAGCUUGUGCUAGCUUUGAACAAGUUGGUGUGUACAUAGCACAGUGCAGAUACUUGGUUGGCUCCUGGAGCCAGGGUACAUCAGUAGCUACAUCAGUCUGGUCUUAGCCUGGCCAGUGGGUCCAGGCAGGGUGCAGUACUGAUGCUGCUUCUGGAGCCAGCUGGGGUAGCUCUGUGGUAUUGUGUUGUGCUUUGUAGACAUGCCUUUGGAGCUGUUACUCUGCUGCUUGGAUUGCCCAUUGUCCCCCUGCUGCAAGAGAGCGCCCAUGGUGGGGAGGAGUGAAAUCUGUUUGCAGCAAUAGGGGUCAGUUCCUCCUGUUCUCUGUCUCGGAGGCCACCUAGAAAUGUUACAAACCCUCCCCUUUUGUUUAGGUUGACUUUCACUUGGCCUUUAGGGCUCCUAGCUGCAUUGACCCCUCUGCUUUCUUCAUUGCACAGGAUGAGUACAGUACCAUAUUACAAAUGUAAUGGGGAGGGAGGAACCUGCUGGCCUUAAUGAAAGGCACAGUCACUAAACUGAAGUGGUAUUUGUGGGCAAGGAAGGGAGAUAGCCUGUGCAUUGAGGCUGUUUGCAGUCUGGCUUCUUGCUCAGCUCACUCUGGCAUCAGCCUGCCAGUAAGUGUGAAUCAGACAGGGUCCUGGUAACAUGGCCCAAGCAGCUUCUUGCAACAAGCACGUGAACUUCAGCACUUUCUCUUCACCUCACCCCUGCACAGUGGGGGGGAUACCCCUCAGGGGCAGCUUCCCUAGUCCUCUCUGUAGCAAUGAGCACCUGGGAUGUUUUUGCACCAGUGUCUGUUAGCAAUUUUGAAUCGUUGCACUCCACUCUGUGUGUCCUUAAAUCAAAGCCAUCUCCCCGUUGAAUAACACAUUGUUAGUAGCGGGGUUUGGAUGUGGGGGCAAGGGAAAAUAAAGCUGGGUUAAGAACAGAGUCCUUGGAAUAUCAUCAAAUUUGGCAGUUGCAGGCCAAAGCCGAAUGUGGGGAGGGGGAGGGCACAGCCUCUGGACUACAGGCUAGAGAGUUCCUCAAUGUUCUGGUCAGGUUGAUAGGAUGCCUCCCCAAAUCACCUGGGACUUACUGUAGUAAAAUCCUGAUGACAAUGAGGACCCACUAGCAAAGUUUCCGUGUAUUCUUCUGUGGCUUCAUAAAGCACAUCCCGUUGGGUCACUGCGGGUGGCAGAAGCUGAAGCCCAGCGUCAGGUCUUUGCACAGAUACCUUACAGGUGCCUGCCCAUCUUUUGCCUGCUGCAAAGCAACACAGCACUGUGACCCAAGUCACUGCUUUGUUUUCACAGCAUCAUUGUUAGGUCAGUGCUCACUCAUGUGGCAAGUAAGAGAUUGCUGCUUCCCAAACAGGCUACGUAGGAACUGAGGUUUGAGUAAAGGAGUGCAGGUUUUGCCUGUUGCCAGUCACCUGGCUUUGUUUGACCUUUCACUGAAGCCUGAGUAAGGGCCUCAGGAUUUGAACCUGGAUGAGGGGCAGAGGUCUUGGCCUGCCAUUUGUGUUGGUCAUUUAGAGCAUUCUCCCAAAAUGAGGACAAAGCAUCACUGAGGAAUCUCCCUGCUCCAGGGAGCUGCUCAGUUUCUCUAGGGCUUUGGAAACUGUGACAAGCAUUAGUGAGUCAGAUAACUUUUUCUAAAAGUGCAAGUCCCAGACUGGGUGUUGCUGUUUGUUUUGUUUUAAGAUCUGCAAUCUACUGCUUCUAGCACCAGUCACAGAUAGCCAGGGGAUUAAUAGAUGCCCAAGGGGCAUGAGUAGAGCAUGCUGAGAAGCCCUCCCCCUCAUUCAGCACAGGCAGCACACUUUUCCCAGUACCUUUUGCAGCUGGGUUUUGCAUGGAUAGGCAUGGAACUGAAAUCUGUACUGGAGAUCAGGACCUUUACCGUUUCUUAUUGGUAGCAAAUUGCAGAUUAUGGAACACCUGAUUUAUUUCUAUCUACAAAACUACAAAUGGCUAUACCAAAGGGUCACCCUUCCCAAGUAUGUGUGGGGGUGUGUGUGUGUGUGUGUUGUGCACAGGGGGUUAAGAAUCUGAUCAGCUCAGCACAGUUUGUAACGAUACUGAAUUAAACUGAAAACACACUAAUCACCAAUCACUCUACCAGUGUUGUCAGUUUUUUUGUUUUUAUUGUUACUGUAAUAUAUUUUUGGUUGUUUUUCUAAUUUAAUUCUCUCACUCUAUUGUCUGACUGUGAACUGCAAACAGUGUUAAACUUGAUGUAAAUAAGGCUCUUGGAGGGGCCUCUGCCUGUUGUUUCACAAGGUUUUGCCAAUUUGCAUUUUGUUUUAAAUAAAGGUUGCAAUAUUUUAUUGGCAAAUGAA